GCGACAGAACCCGGAAGUAAAGUUCAGAUACAAAUGUUACAUUUGCUGUUUGUUGGAAAGCCAGCGGCCCUUUGAUAAGUGUGCAGGAGUUUGUCUGCUGUCCGUAUACAAGAACCAUGAGAGUUACAAAAGUGACAAGCUCUGAGAGGAUCCGUGCAGCUUUGACCAGUGCUUCCUCGGGCCUAGAGGGCUUUAAAGCUCACGCUGUCUUCCAGGAGAUCAAUAAAAAGCUGCAAGAGGAUGGAGAGCAGUUUGUAAAGAAGAUCGGAGGUGUGUUUGCCUUCAAGGUGAAGAACGGUCCAGAUGAAAAAGAGGCCACCUGGAUCGUUGAUGUAAAGAACGGAAGGGGCUCGGUUCACAACGACACAGAAAAGAAAGCUGACUGCACUAUUGCCAUGUCUGACUCUGACCUGCUGGCGCUUAUGACUGGAAAGAUGAAUCCACAGACGGCGUUCUUUCAGGGCAAACUCAAGAUCACUGGAAACAUGGGCAUGGCCAUGAAACUUCAGAAUCUCCAGCUGCAGCCUGGCAAAGCAAAGCUGUGAGAGGCGGAGCAUCAUGUGGGUGGCGUCUAGAAGAGCUCCGCCCACAGUCUCAUUAGCGUAGCUGCACGAGCGUCACUUUCUGCGCUGUAGUGUUCAGCUCGUCUCUAACAAGUUAGAUGUGAAGCUUUCCCGAAAUCAACAACUGCUGUCAUUUACUCGCCCUCAUUAGUUUCAAGCGGGAUUUUAUUUUCUGUGUGAAUUUCCUGGUUACAAAAUUUCCUUUUUCCAUAUACAAAUCAGAAAAAAGACCAUCACAGCAAGUCAUGUUUCCAGUCUUCUAAAGCUUUACAAGAGCUUUGUCUGAGGAACCAAAAGAAUUAAACAUAUGUUUUUGAUUGUAGUUCUUCCCCUGUUAAUUUCUUCAUUUUUGCUUCUCAUUUAUUGACAGAUCAUAGACCAAUUUCACAACGUUUUUGUAAUAAUAACCUCAAUUGUACAUUUACAUGUAUGCAUUUGGCAGACGCUUUUAUCCAAAGCUACUUACAUUGCAUUAAACUAUACAUUUGUUUUUCUAAUUAUGUGCAAUACCUCGGGUCGAACCCAUGACCUUUUUUGUUGCUAGCACCAUGCUUACCACUGAGCUACAGGAAAGCUUAUUCCAUUAUUGUAUGCAAACAACUGAGCAUUUUUCAAAAUAAUAGUAAACUGCUGUGUGGCGAUGAUGUGAGGGCGAGUAAACAGUGAUAGGAAUAUCAUUUUUUGGGAAAGUCAGAAAACACUAUGAAAUAAUAUUCUUAAUAUGUUAUGUUUGAUAUUUUUUAGUUGGCCCCCAUAACCGUUAUCAUUGUAAACGCGUGUAAAACUACGUGUUAUAACUCAGCAGUACUGUAUUGGUCUGAAUGUUAAAGUGCCUAUGGGUUAUUUGGGGAAAAUUUCAACACACAACUCAAAAACAGAAGUGUCAACAACACUCGUACUACAGUAUUCAACACUUUAAUGCAUGGACCCUGACUUUAAAAUAUUCAACAGCAGUAAGAGAAAGUCUAUUUAGGAUUUUACAGGUGUGUUUACAAAACAGUUAAGAUUAACACCAUUUAUUAAUCAUUUAGCAGAUCAAUAGACAGAUACAUCUUUUAUUAAUAUCCUACAGGUUUGUUGCAGUGCGUUGUCAAAACAUUGAAUGCUUUCAUCUGUCUGUGUGUGUUCAUCUCUCAUGCACCUCGCUGGCUUCUGCCCACCAGAUUUUAAAAUGAUUUUGUACUAAAUAAACUUGAAUCUUUCGCAUUAAAA